AAGUCAGGAGGCAGAUACCUGAAGGACCUGGUGGGGGAGGUGGAGGAUAGUCCGACUGGUUCUUCUGCAGCAGCCUGGAGGAAGCAACUGGACCACCGGCUGAUCUCAGGGUGCGCUCCGGAGCCGGCUGGCUGCAUGGAGGUGGCGUCUCUGGCCUGCAGCUGUCUGGACGGGAAGAGGAAGAAUAGACCGGCCAUGACGGAGGUGUUUGACAAACUUCAGGACAUCACGAGGAAGAACAGCUUCUCCUCCUCAUCCCCCCUCCAUCACCCUCCUCACCGUCAUCUUCAGCCCCGCUCCCUGUCCUUCCCCAGACCCCCCCACCCCCUGGACUUCAGUGUGGUAGCUCUGUCCGACCAGCUGUCCAAACUGGGACCCCUGGAGGACACGUACCAGCCCUCUGCCUCCUCUUUUUGCUCCCUUCCCCCCUCCUCGUCCUCCUCUUUCGCCAGUCCGUGUGAAACCGACGAGAGUCGAGGCUUCUCCCAGUACGACCUUCGCUCCCAGUGCAGAUCUAACGGGACGAGCUUCAGGUCUCUGUCAACUAGACCCCCAGAGUCCCAGCUUAGUCGGCCUUCUGUCCACACUGAGGACCAGUACAACUCCCCCCCCCAGUCCAGCAGCAGCAGUGACAGGCCAGGGGCCGGGGCCCUCACAGAGGCCGCCCCAGGACAAGACACAGCAGAAUGCCUCUCUCAUGCGGGAUCCCUAAGGUCUGAGUCCACAGAGUCCUCAGUCCACAUGAAUCCCAGUAAGCAGCGUUUCCUGCAGAAGAAAACUCUGUAUGAGGAGGGAAGAAUCCAAACUCCUGAGCUGCCUUCGUCUGAAGACCUCUAUGGCGGCAGGAGUUCAGACAGAGGGCCGGAGGAGAGCGACGAGUUGGAUUAUCUUCCUGCUCAACACGACUGACUCAGACUUUAUCUUCACGUUUGUAUUAUUGACUCUUUGGAGCGAUGAAAACACAAACUGGACUUGAACUUCUGACGGAGCGAUGCUGUCUCUCUACAUUAAUGUUGAAUCAACAUGUGAAGCAGCACUACAUACGGAUGGAUGGUUAAAAUUAUUUAAAAAACCUUUUUUUUUAAAGGCAGACAUUAUGGGCUACUCCUAUAAAUAUACUAUAUGAUUAUUAUCUGAUCAAACAGAGAUGUGUUUAUUUUCAAUUCCGUUGAUUCAGGCAUCUAAUCUGUACUUUUGUCAUGAAAUGUUAAAGUACAAAAUGUAGAAUAUUUAAAUAUUUGUUUGCUUUGAGACGAUGACUCUGAUUUACUUUCAUUCUUUGUCAUCUAUUUUUGUUACAUUUCGGUAUUUAUUGGGUUUCUUUGAGUUUUAUAUGAGGACUCUUGUAAAUGAUCUUAUCUGAACAUCUCGCUCUCUGGAGGAAACACAGCUUUAGUUUUAUGUAUGUUCAGUCAGGCAGGACGUGCACACAGUUGGAGGGGCUGCAGCUCUAAAGGGUUAUAACUGACCACAAAUCUAUUUUGAAUUUGUAAAUAGUUUUAAUGCACCUUUUUUUCCAUCCGUCUAAAUUACGAGUGUUGCCCCCACAAUUAGUUGCUGGGCAUACAAGAUGAAUAGAAAAGCAUAUAAUGGCAGUGGGAACAACAUGACACACAAUAAGAAGUAAAGAGCAAAUACUAAAAGCAACAGAUAAAGUGAGAAUGUGAACGAG